AUGGAGUUCCUUGGAAUCCCACAGACGGCCAGUUACUGCAGUACCAGGAAGUCCUGCGACUUGAGUACCCUGCCGCCGGCUGUGCAGACUCCGGUGAUUCAGGAGAGUUACCAGCCCUUCUACCUGCCUGGGUACCGCUACCUCAACUCAUGGAGGCCCAGCCUCUUUUGCAAGGUUGCCAAUGUGCAGACCUGCCCAGAUGAGGCUACCAUGAACCGCAGCACCCUGCGGCCGCCCACCAUCCUGCCAGUCCUGCGUUCAGCACUCUUCAGUCGCUACAGCCCCCAGGAUUGGGACCGAUCCAACCAGCUGCAGCUGCGUGGAGCCGAGGCCUCCCGGUUGUGGGCCGGGCGGCUGAUGGGCGACUCCAUGCGCCUCAUGCAGGACAAGGACCAGCUGACACGUCAGAUGCAGGAGGGCACCUGCCGGAACCUGGGCCAGAGGUUGUCGGACAUCAGCUUCUGGAAGUCCGAGCUGGGUUAUGAGCUAGAGAGACUUCUGACUGAGAAUCAUAGUUUGGAGACGGUCAAGAGACGGCUGGAAUGUGCUGCGGACGAGGUGAACUGUCCUUUUCAGGCAGCCCUGGAGUGUCUGUACCAUCGCGAGAAAAGGAUCGGGAUUGAUUUGGUCCAUGACAACGUGGAGAAGAACCUCCUUCAGGAGGUGGAUUUGUUAAAAUGUUGCCAAGAACAGCUGAGAAAACUAGCUCAGAGAAUUGACAUCCAGAUGCGGGAUAACCGAGAUGCUCAGCACGCUCUGGAGAGGGACCUCGAGGGUAAAAGCUCAGCCCAGUUUAUUGACGAGAAGUGCUUUAACCUGAGGAACACAUCAGACAGCAUCAGCUUCUUCCACGGAAUGGAGAAAGUCGACGGCACGGUCUCCGUGCCUGAGACCUGGGCCAAGUUCAGCAACGACAACAUCAGGCACUCUCAGAACAUGCGGGCCAACUCCAUUCGGUUGCGGGAGGAGGCGGAGCAUCUGCUUGAGUCCUUGUCGGAUCAGAUGUGGAAGCAAUUUACCAACACCAACCUGGCUUUCAAUGCCCGAAUCGCUGAAGUGACGGAUGUUAAGAAUAAACUGCAAACACAGCUGGCCAAGACGCUUCAGGAGAUCUUUCAGGCGGAGAACACCAUCAUGCUGUUGGAACGAGCCAUUAUGGCCAAGGAGUGCCCACUGAAGGUAGCGCAGACCAGACUGGAAUGCCGGACCCGACGCCCCAAUGUGGAGCUGUGCAGGGACAUCCCACAGUUCAAGCUCGUGAACGAGGUGUUCACCAUCGACGACACUCUGCAGACCCUGAAGCUGAGGCUGCGGGAGACACAGGACACACUGCAGCUGCUGGUGAUGACCAAGUCCCGGUUGGAGCACGAACUCGCCAUCAAGGCCAAUACGCUGUGCAUCGACAAGGAGAAGUGUAUGGGCAUGCGCAAAACCUUCCCCAGCACCCCACGCCUUGUGGGCUACACCUGA